CUCCUCCCUUUGCCCUCAGCCAGCUGUAGUUGAUGCAAUAACAUGGACUUUCUUCUAGAAGCCUUUGUUCUUUUGCACAGCCACUCCUCUGGGAUCUGGGCUCCCUGGUUGGUUACUGUACUGGGUUCUCAUGACCCACAGCAGGUGGAUCUGAGCAGCAGCUGAAGUUAAUAAGCUGCCGAACCAGGACAAGGAGGAUAGUGGCAAUUACACAGCAGACUGUGAAACAGUAUUUCUCCUUUAAUACUUCCAAAAUGAAAAUUGAUAUUCAUAGCCACAUUCUACCUAAGGAAUGGCCAGACCUGAAAAAGAGAUAUGGAUAUGGUGGAUGGGUACAGCUGGAUCAUCACUGCAAGGGACAGGCAAAGAUGAUGAAGGAUGGAAAGGUUUUUAGAGUUAUUCAAGAGAACUGCUGGAAUCCAGUAGUGCGGAUUAAAGAGAUGGACCUAUCAGGAGUUACAGUCCAAGUCCUUUCCACUGUCCCUGUAAUGUUCAGUUACUGGGCGAAACCUCAGGAUACUUUAGAUCUAUCCCAGAUGUUGAAUAAUGACUUAGCUGAUACAGUAAGAAAGUACCCCAAGAGGUUCAUAGGCUUGGGUACGUUACCUCUGCAAGCUCCAGACCUGGCUGUGAGGGAAAUGCAUCGGUGUGUGAAGGAACUUGGAUUUCCAGGGGUACAAAUAGGAUCUCAUGUCAAUGAGUGGGACCUGAAUGCACCAGAACUCUAUGAUAUUUAUGCUGCCGCUGAACAACUGAAUUGCUGCCUUUUUGUACACCCCUGGGACAUGCAGCAGGAUGGAAGGAUGUCCAAAUACUGGUUUCCUUGGCUGAUAGGCAUGCCAGCAGAAACAACCAUGGCCAUUUGCUCCAUGAUUAUGGGAGGAAUUUUUGAAAGAUUUCCUAAGCUGAAAGUUUGCUUUGCACAUGGAGGUGGUACUUUUCCAUACACAGUGGGGCGAAUCUCCCAUGGAUUCAACGUGCGCCCCGAUCUGUGUGCAAUGGAUAAUAAGGUGGAUCCAAGAAAAUACCUCGGUUCAUUUUACACAGACUCUCUUGUCCAUGAUCGUGGUGCACUAAGACUCCUAACAAGUGUAAUAGGAGAGGUUGGGUGCAUCAUCUGUUUGUGAGUGACCAACUGACACCUUAAACAAGGAUUAAAUCUCUGCCUUUUCAGUGUGUCCUCAUGUGCAGCGUCUCCUUCACAGAACUAUGUAUUUUAUGUCAAUUUUUCACAUUAACAAGCACACACAGCAUACAAAUAUGUGAACAGAAUAAAUGCAACCAUCUAGUUUUUGGAGAGAAGACUUGGUUGGUAUUUGGGUGGUUGGCUUCAGGGCCAGAAAACUGUCUACACCCUGCUUCAUCUACAAGUCAUACAAUCUUUGACAUGACUGUAUUUCAGUUGGCCAUGUGCAUGUGCUGGUAAUAUAAUUAGCCAUGCCUGUUUUACUUUAAAUUUUUCCUGCUCAAAGGAUUCCAUAUCCAGAAUAGCAAAAAAUUAGGCUUCCAAGAAGAUGCAGUUGUUAGAGAUAGUAAUGUAUUUAUGGUUGAUAUCAUCAUUACAGUGAAACUACUUAUGAAGCAAGAUUUCAUUCCAAGUAACUGAGUAGUUUAAUUAGAAUGAGAUUUCCUUUUUCCUUACAAAAACAGAACAAGAGAGUUAUUUGUAUGUAAACAGAGAUUUCACUUCUUGUUGCAAUAUUCAGCAACCAGGCUGAAAAGCCAUGAAUCAGAUCCCCAAAACCUGAAUGCUUUUAACAAUUAGGAGAACUUGGAAAGCAGCAUAUUUUCUUUCUCUUUUUCAUAGCCUACAGCAUCUUAUCCUUGAAGAAACAUCCACAUCACAUUUUCAAGUCUCACUUUAUUAUUAUAAAAAUUUCUAAAUCCCUCUUUUUCCCAUUAAACUUGAUAUUCUCACAUAACACCAUUUCAAGAGUCGCUAACACAUGAAGUAUUAGCAGAAUAACAAGUGUAAGAUAAAUAAAUUCUGGGCUAAAAACAAUGUGAUUGGGCCUCACACAUGAUACUGUGACUUUAUGAGCUGAAGGUUUGAAAUAGGACAGCUCUCUGGAGCACAGCUAAGAGCUGCGCAGGAAGGGCAGCGGUGUGUGCACAGAUCUGCACACAGUGCUUCAGGUCCGUAGGGAACAGCCGUUACCUGGCAUCAGAACGUCACGUGGGCCUUCAGGCUAUGAAUAUUAAAACCCAGCUACAGCUCAGAGUCGUGUGCUUUAAUCUCAUCCAUUCUUAUUUUGGGGUACAGGUUAAUUUGACACUUGCCUAGUUAAAAAUAAACAUUUCUGAGAAAUCAUUUUGUAAGACUGCAAAAUUACUCCCCAUGAUGAAGCACCAUGAAUAUAGCUAAACAAAAAUUCCCCAGUGAUACUGGGUAUAAAAAGUAAAGAACUGUGUUGACAGACAAUUAAAUGAUUCAGCUUCUCUGCAGAAAUUCCCCCAUAGUGAUUCCUUAAGAGCCAUCACCAGAAGGUAAAAAAAAAUUUCAGUCCAGAAGUUGGAGCUGAACUGGCUCUAGCAAUCUGGUCUUUUCUGCAGAUGUAUCCUGACAGCAGGAGAGAAGCAAAUACAAUUUUUCAAUAAGGAGAAGGAUCCAAAGAAUCUCUGAGAUUCAUUUUAAGAUUCUGUACUACUGUGAAAAAGCUGUUGGGUAUAAGGGCUCGUGGAGGUUAAUCAUCAGCCAUAUUCACCUUCCUAAAAAUGAGAUGCUUUAUUGAGGCACUGGGCCUUAAGGUCUUCUAUGGAAAAUGAGCUUUACUGAUAUCCUUUGGCAUAACAUGAUAAUAGAUAACUACUAUCUAUCUAUUAUUAGCAUAACUAACAUGCUAGGAGUAUUACUCAUCUGCAAAGACUUAGAGGACUUCUCUAAGGCCAGUUGGAUAAAGACAAGGAUUGCAAUUCUCGUUUCUAUAGGUGGGUACAAACUGAAGCUCAGAUUAUAAAGGGCCUAAUAAAUAGCAGCAAUAAUGCUGCUUGUAGGUUUUCUCAUUAUUUUACAGCUCUUAAUUUUGCUGUCUAUGAAUAGACUAGAGGAAAAAGAAAAAAAUGAUUAAAAUAACAUACGCAGAUUGUUCCAAUGAGGGGGUGGGAUCUCCUUCUUUGAUCCUUAGAUCAAAGCCUUUCCAGCCUACUUAACCUUAACUAUUAAGCAUCUGGGAAGGUAUUGGGUUUUCUUCUCCUUUACCAAGAAAUCCAUUGUCUAUUAUAAAGCUGUUAUGCUUAUUGAUUUGGUUUGGUUUUGAACUAUGGCAUACGUUGGUAUUUCAAAUGUUCAGGAAAUACCUUGGUGUCCAACUGAACAUUGUAAAUAAAAGGUAUUUAGCUGUUCAACUGUACACACAUCCAAAUAUAUUUUAUUCAAUCUGCACUCAAACUGAUGCAGUAGACAGAGGGCUAUAAAACCCCCUGUUCUAAUCUCAUGGUGAGACUUUUGUAACAAAGUAUAAUACAACCACAUAGAACAGAACAAUAGAAUUCAUGUCUACAGUUUGUAUCGCCUAGGUUUUGUGGGGGUUUUUCAGGAACUCUCGAGUGACAUCUACUAGAGAUCAAGUAAAUCAGCAAUUGCCAAAAUCAGUAACUACAAUAACUGAAAUAAGUCUUCUUUCAGUAACGGUAACUGAGUUCAAAUACUGUCGUGAGUCCCUCACAAUUCAUGAGUUUGACUUUAAAUUCAUGAGACAUUUCAAAGCAGACAUUUUUAAUGAAAAACGUGGCUUUCAAAUAUUCAGGUUGGCAGGAGAUGAAGCUUAAAAGCAAAUAGAGUUCUGAUAAGAUCAAGUGAGUUGGCAAUAUUCACUCCCUAGAGCAGAUGAUACAAGGAAAAAUCAAUGCAAAGUGGAGAUGAACCUAUCACAAAGAGGAUCCAUUGGGGCUCUGCCUAUUUAUUUUCAUCUCUGAUACCAGCAAAGAUGCACGCAGACUUUUACUCAAUUUUCUUUUCUCUGACUGCUUCUUUCAGAAAUAAAUGAAAUCAUGUCACUCAUAUUCCCAUAUAUAUGUUUCAUACUCACAGUUAAUAUCCAGUUGUAGCCAAAGGCCACGACACUUAAAAAAACAGACUUCUGAAAAAUAUAUAUGAAAUCUAUAAAUGAGAUUUUGGUUUCACUAGCUGAAGCUGAAUACCAAUUAAAUCUAUGCUUUUAAAAUUUAUAUGUUUGUAAUAAUUCUCCAUUUUACCACAUCACAUUGCAAUUAUUACACCUUUGGAAGUACUACGGAAAAAAUCACUUUGAUUGAUGGUAUUUUUUAUUACACGUCCUUCUCAAACAUAAAUGUAUGUUUUUGUGAGCGUGUGCGUUCAGCUGUGUGUGUCCUUCAGAAUUUCAGAUUCAAGAAUCCAAAUCCAAGCAUCUUUUUUAGUGUUUGGUAAAGAACUUUCCUGGGACACUUGCAGAAAUCUGCCAGAAGAUUUCAUGGUCCUUUUGGACUAUGAAACAAACAAUAGUUUAUUUAAAAUUUAAAUUCACCAACAAACUCGAGUAUUUGUUUUGUAGCUCUGGGUUUGUUUCUGGAAUCCAGGGACUUCCUUCGCAUUCACUUUCAUCAUUCAUCAGCUCCUUAAGUGUUCUUAUCUGUAUCUCCCUGUGAUUUAUUAUACAUUCCAGAAAGCACGUGCAACUGUGUUGUUUCCUGCUACUACAAAAUAUACAAUGUGUUUCUUUAUUACCAGGACAGAGUUAUUUUAGGGACAGAUUACCCUUUUCCACUGGGGGAACUCGAACCUGGAAAACUGAUUGAUUCAAUGGAUGAUUUUGACAAUAAA